UAGUCGCUCUCACAAACGCUGCCAAACGUGGCCUUUACAAACUCCACGCCGCUGAUACGCUUCUUCUCCCUCUCUCUCUCUCUCUCCCUGCCUCCCUCCCUCCUCUUGCGCGCCUUACUUUCUGAGAGAGAGAGAGCGGCGAAUAAGAUGGUGGAGUUGGAGCGAGCCCAGAAUCCAUGGAUGAGCACGGAGCAAACGCACUCGGUUGGGAUUGCCGGUGUAGAUUUGUCGGGCCCGGAAUCAACCGCUACGGUUAGAGAUGGGGCUGAGUUCUCUGCCGCGCAGCUUCCCAUAACGUCGGACUGGCAAUUGGGAGUUGCCGAGCGAGCUUUCUCGGCGGCGGGGGCAGCAUUUUUAUCGGCGAUUAUUGUUAAUCCGCUGGAUGUUGUAAAGACGAGGUUGCAAGCGCAGGCAGCUGGGGCUCCUUACUCGCAUCCACUAAGUAAUGUCAUUAGUCGGAUGGCAUAUUUCGGACCAAGCAUGAUGUUUGCGGAUCUAAGGUGUUCACCAUCAUGCACUCGGGCUGGAAUUCAAGGCACUGUUUCAAUAUGUCCUCCGGAUUGUUUUCAGUACAAGGGCACAUUGGAUGUCUUCUACAAAAUAAUUAGACAGGAAGGAUUUGCAAGGCUAUGGAGAGGCACAAAUGCAGGGUUAGCCCUCGCUGUUCCAACAGUGGGAAUUUAUCUACCGUGCUAUGAUGUGUUUCGCAAUCAGUUAGAGGAAUUCACUGCCCAUAAUGCACCAAGCAUGACAGCUUAUGUCCCGCUAGUUGCCGGCUCUUUGGCACGCUCAUUAGCUUGUGUAACUUGCUAUCCUAUUGAACUUGCUAGAACUCGCAUGCAGGCAUUCAAAGUGAUACAGAAUGGCGGGAAGCCUCCUGGUGUUUUGAAGACUUUAUUUGGUGUCAUCUCUCAUGUCAAGACGACAAGUCAUGUGCAGAGCAACUUGCAAGGUUAUCGCGUCCUGUGGACCGGUUUGGGAGCACAGCUUGCUCGUGAUGUUCCCUUCUCAGGAAUCUGUUGGGCAACCCUUGAGCCACUCAGGAGAAAACUUCUUGGUCUGGUGGGUGAUGAAGCCAGCGCACUCAAUAUCCUUUGGGCAAAUUUUUCCGCUGCUUUUGUUGCAGGAAGCCUUGCUGCUGCAGCUACAUGUCCGUUGGAUGUUGCAAAAACCCGAAGGCAGAUAGAGAAUGAUCCAGUCAGGGCAAUGAAAAUGACAACACGGCAAACACUAAUGGAGAUUUGGAGGGGUGGAGGUUUGAAGGGAUUGUUCACAGGAGUUGGCCCUCGUGUUGGCCGCGCAGGCCCUUCUGUUGGGAUUGUGGUUUCCUUCUACGAAGUUGUGAAGUAUGUUCUCCAUCAGCGGUAUGAAGCUUCAUGAUAGUGGGGCAGAUCCAUUUUUCCUCCUUUUUUAUGAUCCUUCGAUUGUGUCUCCUUUGAUGCGGCGUCCUGAAACGUUGCAAAAGAUGAGGAAACGAUUUUGAUACGGAAGAUCAGCUACAAGUUUUGCAGAUACAAUAGAUUUUUCCUCUAGUUUUGGAUGUUUACUUUGUACUCAGUUUUGAGCAGACAUUUUAACGUUUAGGUUCUGCUUAUUUGUCCAAAUUUUUUCUGAGAGUUCAUCUCAGUUAAUCAAGUUA